AUGGCACGGCCGGUUAAGAGGCAAGCACCACAAGCAGCACCAGCAGCGGAUGGGAUUAAGGAGGAACACCUUUUGGCUUUCAUUCUGAAGGAGAAAUAUAAAAACGGAUGCAAAGAUGAGCUUGAAAAAUAUUGUAAAGAGUUGAAGGAAGCAGAUAAAAAUCUAGAGAAAGUGAAUGAUAAAGUUAAAGGAUUCUGUGAAGAUGGAAAACAAGACGAAAAAUGCAAAGGCCUGAAAGAGAAAGUUGAACAAGAAUUGGACACUUUUGAUGCAGAACUUCCAGAUGAUUUAGGAAAUCUAAAAGAUGAAGAAUGUGAAAAACAUGAAGAAAAAUGUAUCCUUUUAGAAGAGACGGGUUAUAAUGAUGAUAUUAAGAAGAAGUGUGUCAACUUGAGGGAAGGAUGUUACAAAUUGAAGCGUGAAAAGGUGGCAGAGGAGCUCCUUUUGAGGGCGCUCGGAAAGGAAGCUAAAGAAAAAAACACAUGUGAACUAAAGAUGAAAACUGUUUGCCCAGUGUUAAGCCGAGAAAGCGACGAAUUGAUGUUUUUCUGCCUUGAUCCGACUAAAACAUGUGGAGAUAUGAAAACAAAAUUGGAAGAAAAUUGCAAGCCUUUAAAAGAAAAGCUUAAAGAUAACGAAUUAGAGGGAAAGUGUCAUGAAAGACUUGAGAAAUGUCAUUUUUACGGAGAAGCGUGUGCUGAUGCGAAAUGUAAGGAGGAUAAGACGAAAUGCGAGGGAAAAGGAUUCACAUAUAAAACGCCAGAAUCCGAUUUUAGUCCGGUGAAACCGAAGGCGUCGUUGUUGAGAAGUAUUGGGUUGGAUGAUGUGUAUAAAAACGCAGAAAAAGAUGGAAUUAUUAUUGGAAAAGCAGGAGUGGAUCUACCAAGGAAGUCGGGUACAAAAUUUCUGCAAGAUCUCUUGCUAGUGUUGAGCAGAGAUGAGAAUGAUAAGAAUACAGAUAAAAAGUGCAAAAAAGCGUUAGAAAAAUGUGGUGCUUCUGAGUAUUUGGAUGCUGAUUUGAAAAAGUUAUGCAAAGAUGGUGAUAAACAAGAGAAAUGCAAAGCAUUACUAGAUGUAAAUGUAAAAGAAAGAUGUACAAAUCUCAAAUUAAAACUUUAUCUGAAAGGAUUGUCUACGGAAUAUGAUGAUCAAGAAUCAGAUCCUUUAUCGUGGGGACAGCUUCCAACAUUAUUUACGAAGGGAGAGUGUGCAGAACUUGAGUCGGAAUGUUUCUAUUUAGAAAAUGCGUGUAAGGAUAAUAAGAUUGAUGAAGCAUGUCAAAAUGCAAGAGCAGCGUGCUAUAAAAAGGGACAAGACAGGAUGUUGAAUAAGUUCUUUCAAAAGGAAUUGAGGGGAAAUCUUGGUCUUGUAAGAUUUUAUAGCGAUCCUGAAGAAUGCAAAAAAUCUGUGGUAGGAAACUGUACAAAACUUAAAGAAGAUAGUAGAUACCUUUCAAAAUGUCUUUAUCCUAAAGAAUUAUGUUAUGCGCUUUCAAAUGAUAUUUUUCUUCAAUCCAAAGAGUUAAGUUCGCUUUUGGAUGAUCAAAGGGAUUUUCCAUUAGAAAAGGAUUGUCUUGAAUUGGUGGAGAAGUGUGAUGAACUUAGUAGUGAUUCAUUAUUGAAUUUAGAAAAGUGUAUAACAUUGAAAAGACGCUGUGAAUACUUUAAGGUUACAGAGGGAUUUAGAAACGUAUUUUUAGAAAAAAAGGAUGAUUCGUUAAUGACUCAGGAAAACUGUACAAAGGCAUUGCAUGAGAAAUGUAAUGCUUUAUCUAGGAGGAGAAAGAAUUCAUUUAGUGUUUCAUGUGCUUUACCAGAAGAAACAUGUAGUUAUAUGGUAUUCCACACAAGUCAAGAUUGUAAAUAUUUAAAAGAAAACAUCAAGAAUGGAGGAAUUGUAGGAAAAAUUGGGGGAGCAAAUGGAAAUGAAGCAACACUCGAAGAACUCUGCACAACAUGGGGCCAACAUUGUCACCAACUUGUGGAGAAUUGUCCAGAUCAGUUGAAAAAAGAGAAUGGCAAUAAUCAUAACUGUGAUGAACUCGAUGAAAAAUGCAGUGAUACCUUUAAAAGGUUGAAAUUAGAGGAGGAGCUGACUCAUCUGUUGAAAGGCAGUUUAAAGAAGGAUGAUCAAUGUACAGAAGCAUUAGGAAAGAAUUGCACUGACUUGCAAAAGAAUGAAACAUUCAAAAUUCUGCUUAGUGAUUGUGAAAAAGAUAAGCAAAAUGUUUGCACAAAAUUAGUUAAAAAAGUACAAGAGAGAUGUCCUACUUUAAAAGCUGAUCUGGAUAAAGCGAAAGAUGAGUUGACAAAGAUGAAGAAUGAGUACGAAAAGGCAAAAGAGGAGGCAGAAAAAUCUACAAAUAAAGCUAGCUUAUUGCUAUCAAAGUCUGGAAAAGCCGCAAUGCCAAGUGGACAGGAUAGCAAUGGCUCUGUACCAGCACCACCAGCAGAGCCAGCACCAGGGACACUACCACCACCACCAUCAACUGACGGAACGGUAAACACGCCAGCUGGAGGAUCAGGGACAUCCGCUGGAGGAUCAGGCACACCAAGUAGUGGAACGACAGACUCUGCAAAACUUGGACUCGUUAAAAGAGCGUAUGUAGAAGGAGGAGUAUCAGAAGUAGAGGUAAAAGCAUUUGAUGCAACGACGGUAGCAUUGGAAUUGUAUUUGGAAUUGAAAGAGGAAUGCAAUGCUUUAGAACUAGAUUGCGGUUUUAAAGAGGAUUGUUCAGAUCUUCAAGUUUGCGGAGAAAUAGACACGUUAUGCGGAGGAAUAAAACCAUUAGAAAUUAAGCCUCAUCAUACAGAGACAAUAACAAAUAAGGUGACGGAAACGAAGACGGAAACAAAGACAGAAACAAAGACUGAUGACAAGGCUGAUGAGAAGACCGGUACGAAAACUGUUACAGAAACCAAGACAAUAGGUGGAGGAAAAGUAACAGAAGAGUGUACAAUGAUACAAACAACAGAUACAUGGGUAACACGUACAUCAUUGCAUACGAGUACGACAACGAGUACGUCAACGGUGACGUCGACAGUGACGUUGACGUCGAUGCGCAAGUGCAAGCCUACCAAAUGUACUACUGAUUCAAGCAGAGAGACAGAUAAAGGAGAAGAAGGAAAAGAAGGAGAAGAAGAUGUAAAACCGAAUGAUGGGAUGAAAAUAAGAGUCCCUGAUAUGAUUAAAAUAAUAUUGUUGGGAGUGAUUGUUAUGGGGAUGAUGUAA